AGACUCUUUCCUGGCCACAUAUACCUAGGGAUAUCUGUACUUUCAUCAAGAAAAUGACAAAGAAGACGAUAUGAAGUUGCUGAUGUGAAAUAGUGACUUCCAUAUCCAGACAGCAAGGUGCUAUCUGUAGACGUCUUGCUUUUCAAGCCACUUUGACCCAUGCUUCUGCAAAGAGGGCCUAGGUGUUGUUGUCUCACAUUACUAAAGCUUUAGCAAUCCUGUGUGUAAACUACAAACUAGAGGCUGACUGGAAAUGGCGCGACCAGUGCGUAGGAAUAAGAAAGUAGUCGACUACUCUCAGUUUGGAGAUAAAGAUGAUGAUGAUGAUGACUUCGCAAGUGUAACUGUCCAUUCAAAGAAAAAAUCAAAGAGAGAGUGCUCAGAGUCGAAGAAGGAGAAAAUUGAUCAUCAAAAACAGUCCCGUAAAGAUGACAUUCAGCCACAGAAGUCACAGAAGCUUUCACCAAUUGAGACAGUUGUCUUGGAUGACAAACUAUACAAGAAAGACAUGGAAAUUGCCUUAGAAUUGUCAGUGAAUGAACCAUCAGAAAAUAGCAAUAUCCUGCAAAAUUUACAGAAACAAGAUGCAGCUGGACACAAUCCUAAUCCCAGUCAGAGGAAGGGAGUCCUUACAAAAUCACCCACACAAGGCCUCAGGCUUGGCCUCUCCCGGUUGGCAAAAGUGAAACCAUUGCACCCACGUUUUGCCAACAUCUGAGAAUGGCUGUGACAUCUUCAGAGGACUCUAAAAUGAAAUCAAAAGAUCAGGUGGAGAAAAUGUCUCAUUUUUUAAAAGAA